CAGUGACUAAAGUCUAUUCAUCACACGAGUUUCCUUCUCCGUAUAUCAGAACAACUUCGUGAAAUGAGUACUUCACUAAAAUCAAUAUGCAGCACAGCACAGAUCACAUUAAGCUAUAAAUACACUGGAAUCAAUAUUAUUUUGAUUCUACCAUAAAAAUUAAAUCAGAAUCGUCAGUGGAGAUAAGAAAUAUCAGAAGAUCAUUAAAUUCAAGUGAAUAAAUACGUUACAAUUCACAAAAUUAUGGAUAAGUACACGAAAAGAGUAUUAUUACUCGUUAUUUUGAUGUCCAUCAUCACAACAAUCAUACUGCCUGCUAUGUCACUAAUACCCAAAGAGAAGUCAACUUCAUGGCCGCUUUUCCUACUACUCAUCACUGUUGGACCUGUUGAGGCGAUAUUGUUGAUUCUCUUCUUCACAUUAGAUACAAUAAGAACAAAAUUUCCAAUAAAUAUAUUCAUUAUGCUGUUACAUUCGAUAUUAGCAUCUGUACUCACAGGAAUACCGUUCAUUGGCAAAGACUCUAAAUGGGUACUUAUAGUGAUGGGAUCAGCUGUCGUAUUGUACAUCUUACUAAUCUUAAUAGGUGCAGCACUGCCAAUUGAUCUAAAUCGUCAUUACAUUGCGGUUCUCACAUACGGUAUUACUGUCUCAGUUGUAACUUUAGCUGUUACAAUUAGUGUGUCUUUUGGGACAGGAGAUGAAAAAUUGGCGCUGGAAAUUCUCAGCAUCGGAAUGACUGCAUUAGUAAUCCCUAUUGGUUUAAUGUGUGCUCAAUCAGCAUUUGGUAGACCACAGUUCAGACAAUUUCCGUACAAUUACUGUGCAGCUGCAUUCUUUGUGCAUAUAACGCUUAUCUUUCUGCUGAUAUACAUCAAUAUUGGAUUGCCGUAUUUGAUAUCGGGCAGAGUAUUAAGUGAUGAGUUGAACCACUUGAAAAUGAGCUUUUGAGCCAUUCAAACUACUGAAGUAACAAGUAUAUUUCAAGCAAAUCGAUGAAAACUGACCUUUACUCCUGAUAUAACUAACUGGUUAAUAAAUGUUUCAUAUUCUCAGUUUUAAUAUGAUUUUAAAACUUUUUCAAUUGUACCUAUCGUUUUGUAUAAUCACCCAUCAUCCAUCUGCUAGUUCUUGAGAUAUUUAUAUAAUGUGACUAUUGAUUAUAUUUGGAUCAACGCAGAUAAUGUCGGCUAAUUUAAAGACCUAUGAACAGGCGAUUUGUUAACAAUUCUCUAAUUAAA